AUGAGCGGCCGUGACGGCAACCAGAAGCGCCAUAAGGGCGCUCUGGGUGCUGCAGCUAACGCUAAAGGCGGAAGUGCCAAGAAGCGAGCGCAACGUGCUUUAUCGGCUUCCGAAGCACUCAAAGCUAGAUUAUUCAACGUCCUUCCAACUUCGGAUUUUCUGAAGAUUAAAGGAUACUACGGCACAACGAAAACUCAGCACGAGCGCAAGUACGUUCCAUUAGAAGCUUCACAGAACGGAAAAUCCAAGAACCAAGCCGCCUGGACCGGAUGGACCUCAUCAGGAGGUGUAACCGGUUACGUGAGGCAGUUCUUUGACGGUCAUUGGCUUAUGGCAGACGUGUCCUUGUUCCUAUUCCCACCGCAGUCGUGGGUACGCUUGAAAGCUCGUCGACUGGAAAAAGAGACGGAAAAAUACAUUUUCGCAGCCAUCGUGAUCCGUACGAUUAUGCUGACAGUACAGUCCCCUCUGUACUCCAACUUAAUCCAGGAACUCACGACACUGAGUGACGUCGUGUACGCCUGUGUGUUGUUCUUCGAGUUCGCUCUAAAAGUGAUUUCACGCGGAUUUUUCUUCACUCCGAAAAGUUAUCUUUCGGAUACUUGGAACCAGAUUAAUAUGGUGGUGUUGAUGGCUUGUUCGCUGCUACUCUUGCUACCUCACUCGACUAUGAUCUCAUUAUUUCGACUUGGACGAGCGUUCGGUCCCAUUCGUGUAUUUUACAGAGUGCGAACGUUCCGAGUCAUCACGGAGGCGCUGAAACAAUCCGCGACACCGAUUUUUUAUUGUGUCGUACUGUCGGUGUUUCUAUUUUACUCGUUUGCCACACUAGGAAUGCAGAUUUUUGGUGGGAGAUUCGCUUAUUGCAGUGAUCCAUCGAUUGAUACAGCGGAAAAGUGCGUGGGGGUUUUCUGGAAUAGCGCAACAGGUAUCUUGACACCUCGAGUAUGGGGGAAUCUUUCAGGGUUGCAUUUUGACAAUAUCACUGGAGCCAUGUCCUCCAUCCUCUUCCUGGUUUCCAUGAAAGGCUGGCUUCCGGUUGUCAACAUUGCCAUGGAUUUUGCAGACGACACAAGCGUCAAUAACGACCACCAAGCGUCUGCUAUUGCCUCGACGUAUUUCGCUGGAUUUUUCGUCGCUUUUCUCUUUUUCACUAGAUUUUAUCUCCUCAAAGUGUUCGCAGGGAUUCUCAUGAACAAUUUCCGCUGUUACAACGGCACUCUAUUGCUUACAAACCUCCAGCUCAUCUGGCUACGCAAGAAAACAUCGAUCGUGGCCAUGCGUCCCAAAUAUCCGCUCCCAACCAGCAAAUUCAUGCAACUCGCUCAAUUUUACAUGCAAAAACGCUCUUUCCGCGGAUUUAUCAGUACUGUGGUGAUCCUCCACACUUCUCUCCUUGCGUGGUAUCGCUCUCCUGUUCAUCGUGGCUCUAGUGAAGACGAGGAUGUGGAUACCGGAGUUUGGUGGUUCCACUAUAUUUUUUCGUUAAUUUACGCGCUCGACGCUGUUCUUCGAGUUGCAGCUGUGGGAUGGCGAGAUUUCCUCAUGAAAGGCUUCACGUGGAGAACGUUCAACAGCUGUACUGCGUUUAUUAUGCUCGUGGGACCUCUCAUCUCCAAUUCCCCCGUAUUACUGAUCCUCGGGAUGACUCGAGCGUUCGAUUUUAAACAUCUGUCGCUGGUUUUAGAACGGUCUCGAGCUCUUCGAACUUUAUUUCGAACGCUGUUAUCCAGCGUUCAGCUUACCCUCAAGGUGACACUGCUACUGGGUUACGCUCUGUUCGUCUUUGCGAUUGUCGGCGUACAAGUAUUUUCACUUACACGGUGGGCUUCCGGAUUAAAUGCUAACCUGAAUUUGACAACAUUUCCCAGCGCGUAUGCUGCUUUUGUCAAAUUUGCAGCCGGUGAAGACUGGUACGCGACGUACUUGGCCUCCAGCGUGGCACCGCCUCAAUGUGUUCUUUGGGGUCGGUCGUCAAGCGAUUGUGGGUCUCCUACCAUCAGUGCGUUAUUUUACAACAUUUUCUACGUCUUAGUAGUGUUGAUUCUGCAAAAUUUAUACGCUUCUACGAUGGUGGAUACAUACGUGCUGAUGUCGGCAAGAGCAGAUGAUAACGAGCAUCUUCUGGGCUUCCAAGCGGAACAUCUUCAACGUUUCCAGACGAUUUGGAGCGAAUUUGACACUGACGCAUUGGGAUUGUUACAUCGGAAACAUUUGAUGGCAUUACUGAAAAAACUCGAACCUCCUUUGGGAUUGGGUACGUUUAAGAAUAUGCUCGAUAGUGUAGCCACUGAGGAUAUGAAGCCGGACGAGUGGGCGGCUUUGUCGCUUGCGGUUCAUCAACGUCGACGCGAAACGUUCCACGAUAUCGAAGCUCGGAUCGCGGAACUUACGUAUCGCGUUUGUUUGGGUCUCGGGAACUAUGACGGACUCAAUGGCAGCGUGAAUACCGGUACAAACCCGGAUCUCAGAUGUCCUCCGAACAUGUUCCGGUUUACGGAUCUGCUACUGGUUCUGACAAUGCGAGUGUUGCCAUUGGAAAGUCUCACAGUUCAGGAAAAAGUGGAUGACUUUCAGGAUGUCCCGAGUCCGUCGUCGGAUGAAGAGUAA